AUGACCAGCAGUGAUACAGUCGAGAAUAAGAUCACCAAGAAAAACGAUCCAGAUUCCUGGACGGAUUUAUUAACGCUCGAUCCUGAAUCUUAUCGCCUCCACGAACUGACACUGCAUCCCUACUACGACGACUCAAAAACGCCAGCCGACGAUAUACUUCAGUCCUGGGGACCUCCCGAAGCCUUCUCUAUCCUAACACUAUGUGCUGCUAUCCAAAAGAAAUGCUCUCUCACGGCCUUCAAAGCGUAUCUACAAACAUACGCGGGAAGUCCUGGGUUUCGAGAGACCUUGACCAACCACGGCUGGCCCCUGUUGUAUUAUGCGGCUGAACGCAACUCUGUUGAGAUGAUAUCUGUUCUUCAGCAACAUGGUGUCAACACUGAAGUCCCUAACAACACGUUUGCCAUUCCCUUGCUAGCAUACGUAGCUAUUCAUGGUCAAGCAGAAGCCAUCGACACCAGCGAAGUCAUGAAGCUUGUGCUUGCCAAUGGGGCCAAUCCUACGGUCAUACCCAUGGACAUGUGGGUCAAGUUCUUGGAAACGCCCCAAGACGAGCCUGUUGCCGCGAUCUCGGUUCCUAAAUCUGCCUUGCAGAAGUCAGCAUGGUGUACCCCGACGCUCCGGCCUGUUCUAGCUCGGGCCCUGCACCUGACCCAUCGAUAUCUACUGUCCUUGGCUUACAAGAUAGCACCGCUGCAUGCCAGAGCGCGUCAAAUCGCCAAAGGAAACAAGAUGCUUGAGCUUACUAAGCUUCCAUACUUCCUUGUUGGCCAGCGAUGUGCGACGAGAUUGGUCAUGAAGAAGGUCUACUCACACAUCGCUCAUCGUACCAUGAAACCACUGAUCAUGGCGUUCGCGGGUGCGUCUGGUCACGGCAAGACAGAACUAGCCAGAUCGAUGGGACAGCUUCUAUCCGUGGAUACCGUAUCGAUCGAUUGCGCCAGUUGCGGUGAUGUUUGGGCACUCUUCGGGUCGACUGCGGGUUGGGACCGGAAUGAGGACGGGUCGAAGCUCAACAACUUCCUGACUGACCACAGUGGAAAGCGAUCGGUUGUAUUCCUAGACGAAUUUGACAAGACUAAUCAGAAAGUUCGGGACGCGCUUCUCAACAUCAUGCAGAGCGGUGAGUACGAAAAUCGGCGUUCCAACAACGGUGUGGACUGCAAACAGACAAUAUGGAUCGUUGCGACGAAUUUCGGUGACGACGAGAUCAACACGUACUAUGCGAAACACAUCGAGAGGCUCAGUGAGAAGCAAAAGCACAACCUCGAUAUCAGACCCCUCCAAGUGAGUCUGGCACAGAAGUACGGUAGCAAGUUCGGGAUGCCGUUCACCGGGCGUCUGCAUCUGUUCGUCCCCUUCCUCCCAUUCUCGCCCUCUGAGUGCGCGGUCGUACUCCACAAGUUCAUGCUGGAAUACGCGACCAGCAUCCGCCAACCGAUCGAUCACGAUCCUAGCGUCAUCCGAUACAUCGGACAUUGUAGGUUAUCACUCGUUGACGACGGCAAGAUAUGUACCGCCUUGACUGAGAAGUACUACAGUAAGGAUCUCGGUGCGCGAAGCUUGGACAACGCUGUCAGGGAGGUCAGGGACGAACUUGCGGACAAGUACAGCGAGACCGACGUCCUUGCCACGGAAGAUCUUAACGACGGACCUCUUCAGACGUUCAUCGUGCGUCGGUUCCUCAUUGCGGAUGACGUCUAUGAAGUUGGAGUGUUCACGGAUGGAACGAGUGGUGGGGAGGAGACCGAUAGUGAAGAAGGGGCAAAUGGUGACGACGAGGCGAAAUGGGGAGACGGUGUUGCCGGAUGGAAUAAGUGGGAUGAAGAUGGUUCUCCUUCAGACCGCGACGAGGAUUAG